AAUUGCUUCUCCGUUUAAGCAAACAAGCAAAAACCCAAAAAUCCAGAUAUGCCCCAUUCCCCUCCUCCCCCCGAAUAAGUAGACAUCGACGCAUACCCAGAUGACCUCGCCCAGCCGCUCGCAGACGAAGACCGUUUCCGUCCUCCGCAGGGCUUUUAAACUUCCAUCGAUACCUAUCAUUUAACAAUAUAAGUCUACCUUUUUGAGCACACAUUAGAAGAACCCUUGUAUCUCAUUUCAUUUUUGGGCAGAGCACUAUCUCAACCGUACAUACAGAGAAGAAACAAACGUACAAAGAAAUAUUCUCUACAGUUCUUUCUCCUUUAGUUUAUUUGGUUUUAUAAAAACCUCAUAAAAUCCACACCCUGGGGAGUGAAAAGGUUCACAAGGCACGCAUCUCCAAAGGGUACCUCCGAGACACACAUUUAUAUCUAUAUAUUGAUAUGUUUUGGGUCUCUGAUGAUGAUCUAGGGUUUUCGGUCUUCAACUCUUCGAUCUAUGCUUACAUUAUUUCCCCAGGUAUUGUGAAUUUCUCCUCGUUCACAGAGAAAGCCUUAAAUCCCUAAAUAAAAUCUCUAUCUCUCCAAUUGGGUCCUCCGGCCAUCCCGAUUCGCGGGUUCUAUACUCUUUAUCGCUACCAGGUAUCUCUCCAAUUAAGCUAUUCUUCUUUUCGGCUUCCCUAUUCGAACGACAACCAGCGAGCCAUGACCAUUGUUCUCUCUCUGUAAUCAAAGCGCUUAAUUGGUUUUGUUGAUAUAUGAUGGCGGACAAUUUGGGUGACCAUGAGGAGCGUCUUGAAGAAGAAGAAAAAGACGACGUUGAUUACUAUGAAGACGAAGGGGAUGUUGAUGAUGAAAAUGAGGUAACAGAGUAUACGUUCAGAUUCAAGGAAGGUGUGAACCCUUUGGAUUUUGUUGAAGAUAAUGUCUUAACUUCCCAACCUUAUAAGCUAUUCGAACGCCUCGAGUUCGAGUAUGAAGCUCUAGCUGACAAAAAACGAAAAGCACCACCACCACUACCUCCACCUGAUACGCACAGUGAAGGAGCAGGUAAAAAGGCUAGGGUUGAUGAUGAAUUAGGUGCUAGAAAAACAAUGGAGGAGUCUAUCAAAGCUAUCAAUUAUGGCGGUCUUCAGAAGAGAUCUAAACGGCAGCCUAAGAAAAGAGGUAGGCAGAAAGGAUCAAAAAAUAAACCCAAUCGUGAAGUGGCACAAAAGCUUGGUGAGGCUACUCUAUAUUUUGCACACGGCCGUUAUGAAGAGGCCAUAUCUGUGUUGCAUCAGGUUGUUUUACAAGCACCAGUGACUCCUGAUGCAUAUCAUACACUAGGACUUGCCCAUGAUGCAUUGGGUGAUAAGAAGAGAGCCUUAGGUUUCUACUUGCUUGCUGCACAUUUAAUGCCCAAAGAUUCAUCCCUCUGGAAAAUGCUUGUUUACUGGUCAAUAGAAAGAGGAGAUAUUGAUCAAGCAAAUUAUUGCCUUUCUAAAGCAAUUAAAGCAGAUCCUAAAGACAUCCAAUUAAGAUUGCAUCGUGCGUCACUCUAUCUUGAGCUUAGAGACUAUAAAAAGGCCGCCGAAUCAUAUGAUCAGAUACAUCAACUCUCUCCUGAAAAUGUUGAAGCGCUGAAAACAAGCGCGAAGCUGUACAAAAGAUGUGGUCAGCUUGAACAUUCUAUCCACAUUCUUGAGGACUAUCUUAAACGUCAUCCUACUGAGGCUGAUUUAAGUGUAGUUGAUUUGCUGGCUUCCACAUUUAUGGAGACUAAUGACCAUAACAAAGCUCUUCAGCACAUUGAACAUGCUCGGUCAGUCUGCAGUUUGGGAAAAGAGCUGCCUUUGAAUUUGAUGAUUAAAGUGGGACUUUGCCAUGUUCACUUGGGAAAUCUGCAUAGAGCAAAGACUUUUUUUGGUCCUCUGGAAGGGGAGAAUGCUGCUCAUCAUAUUGACUUGGUUACUGAAGUUGCUGACUCAUUAAUGAAUCUUGGGCAUUAUGACUGCGCAUUGAAGUAUUAUCUGAUGUUGGAAGGAACAGCUGGCUGUGACAAAGGAUCUUUACAUCUAAAAAUUGCCCGUUGUUACUUAUCCUUGAAGAAUAGAGUCCAAGCAAUUUUUUUCUUCAAGAAAGCCCUACAUACGCUUGAGGACAAUAUUGAUGCUCGAUUGACCUUGGCUUCCCUUCUUCUUGAAGAAAGUAGAGAUGAUGAAGCAAUUUUGUUGCUAUCUCCCCCAAGGAAUUCAGAUCAUACUGUUCAACAUUCUGAGAAAUCUAAACCAUGGUGGCUACAUGAAAAAGUAAAACUAAAGAUUUGCCAUAUAUACAAAGCAAAAGGAAUGCUUGAGGAAUUUGUCAAUGCAAUCUAUCCUCUGGUUCGUGAGUCAUUAUAUUGUUGUGAAACUCAAAAACAAAAGGUUAAAGUGAGAAAAAGGCUUAAAAUGAGAGAUCUACAUGAAAGAGUCAAAGUACUGGAUAAUCGUGGAGCUGAUAAUUUAUUUCAUGGAUUUAGACCUGUUGCUACUAGUGCAGAUUUGGUGAAAGCUGGCAGAGCAAAGAAGAUGCUUCAGAAGAAAGAGGAAGAGAAAGCCAAGGCACUUGCAGCUGGAGUGGAGUGGCAGUCUGAUGAUGACGCAGAUGAUGAACCUCUGUUACGAGAACAUAGAAAAACCCCUUUGCCUAAUAUUCUUAAAGAUGAAGAGCAUCAUCUUCUUAUCAUCAAUUUAUGUAAGACGUUAGCCACCUUGCAAAGAUUUUCAGAUGCAUUAGAGAUUACAAGUCUCAGUCUGAGAUUGGCAAAUAACACUUUAUCUGGUGAGAAGAAGGAGGAGCUUCGGAUCCUUGGAGCUCAACUAGCGUACAACAUCACAGAACCUAAGCAUGGUUUCGACUAUGUUAAGUACAUUGUUCAGCAGCACCCAUACAGUAUUGCUGCAUGGAACUGCUACUACAAAGUUAUUUCAAGGUUGGAGAAUCGUGAUACAAGACAUUAUAAGUUUCUGCAAAGUAUGCAAGGAAAACUUAAGGAUUGUGUUCCACCCAUUCUUAUUUCUGCACAUCAGUUUACCAGUGGCAGCCACCAUCAAGAUGCUGCGAGGAAGUAUCUUGAAGCCUAUAAACUUUUACCAGAGAAUCCCUUGAUAAAUCUCUGUGUUGGAACUACUUUAAUCAAUUUAGCACUAGGAUUCAGACUUCAAAAUAAACACCAGUGUCUUGCACAAGGCUUAGCCUUCCUAUAUAAUAAUUUAAGGCUUUGUGAAAGUAGCCAGGAAGCUCUGUACAAUAUAGCUCGAGCAUACCAUCAUGUUGGCCUGGUAUCAUUGGCAGCUUCAUAUUAUGAAAAAGUGCUUGCAAUUUGUGAGAAGGAUUACCCCAUGCGCAAUCUUCCAAGUGAGAAUCAAGACACAGAACGUCUGAGGUCUGGUUAUUGCGACCUCCGUAGGGAAGCAGCUUACAAUCUGCAUUUAAUCUAUAAAAGAAGUGGAGCUAUUGAUCUUUCUAGGCAAGUCCUUAAAGAUUAUUGCACCUUUUGAGUCUUCAUGCUGGCAACAAGCAACAACUUAUGGUCUCAUUUUCAGCUCUUUCAUCUCUCCUGCUCUAAAUUCCAGAUUGUGUCUAAUUAUGCCCGUGGUGUUAGGAUCUAGACUGAACUCCUCCUGGAUCCCCUUUGAGGCAAAACCAAGGAUAGGAUCAGUACUGUAAUGAUUCACAACUAAAGCUAUAAACUGAAAAUGGAAAAAUCUGUUACAAGUUGGGUGAGAAGAUGGGAAAACCAACAAAGUGACUAGGACUGUAAUGAAUCACAGAACCAUAGCUAUAAAGAGUUGGGUUGAAGAAGGAAAAAUGUUGUUAUACGUUGGGUGCGAAGAGAAAGGUAGCCUGGUGUUGAGACCUGCCUUGUGUCUGGGCAAAUUAUUUGUCCUACUUGUCAAAGCUUUAAAAAGUUGGGAGGAAAUGUUACAAAGAAAAAUGGAAAGUUAGGAGGAAAUGUUACAAAGAAUAAUGGUGUUUGGACAUGAUUGAGUUGAUGACGAAGUUGAACAAAUCAUUAGUGAUUCUUCCUUGCGAAUCUUCAACUAAUUCAAUCCUUCUUUUUUCUUGCAACACAAUAGGGUUUUGCACUUGCUUUGCAUCUAUGCGGACACCCAUAGCGUUCAUGCAAGCAUGGGUGUGUCUAUGUUUGUCAUAUUAUGAAAAUGAGCAAUAAUAUAUGCAUUUAAAAUAUGCAUCAAAAUAUUGUUUUAAAAUAGCGAAUUUCUAAAUAAGGAGUCUGGUGCAAAAUGAUUCUUAAUGUUGGGUGAAAGUAAGUAAAUGUAUAUUUUUAAUUUUGUAGUAAAAUAGUCAAUUAUAUUUUUUAAUGUUACAUAUGACUAAAUAUGU